UUAGAGAACAACAGAAAUGGAGCUGAUGAAAGGAGCCGCCCUGCGCAUGCGCACCACGCACGUUACCAUAGCGCUCCUGAGACCUGCUGAGGGAGGCGUUUUUAACUUUUGACUGCUCUUCCUACAAGGCAAGGGCUUAAAAACCUUUCAGUUGAAUCUGAAUUUUCUUUUUUAUAAAUGUAUUUAAAAUCGAUUCUGUGUGAUUUCACAUAAUGUGAACGUAAACUGCUGACGUGACGUACCUGCUCAGCCAAUAAACAAAAAAAAACACCUCAAGGAUAUGCGGUGGAAAUCUCCUUUUGCGUUUGUAACUGGACUUUUUAUGGUGGUUUUCCCCGGAAAACGAUGAACUGCUUUGGUCGGAGGUUGAGACGCACAGUUCCUGCACAUGGCAGCAGUAAAAGUGAACUGGUCCCUUCCAAGACCCCCAGGAUCAAUGGCUGGUCGUGGCCUCCUCAGCCCUUACAGGUGGUUGGUUGGCUGGUGUACAUCUACCUCACUGUAGUCACCUUUGGGAUUUAUAUCCCUCUCCUGCCUCGGCCGUGGAAGGCUGUGAGCUACACUAUUUCUGGAAUAUCAUUUCUAAUACAUUUUUUCACUAACAUAGCUACCGUGACUAUAGAUCCUGCAGAUGCGAGUGUUCGGGCUAAAAAUGAUUAUUCCACACCUUUGCCUUUGUUUGACCGGGCAAAACGAGCUCAUGUCAUCCAGGACCUUCACUGUUACCUGUGUGAUGUCAACGUGGGCCCCAAAGUCAAACACUGUGGAGUUUGCAACAAAUGUGUGGAAGGCUUUGAUCAUCAUUGCAAAUGGCUAAACACCUGCGUUGGUCAGAGGAACUACUGGUUCUUCUUUGGGGCACUCAUCUCUGCCAUCCUAGCAGGAUUUAUGAUCACUGUCAUCAUCUUGUUCAUAUUUAUUCAACAUUACCUGGAUCCACAUGUUUUACGGACAGCGCCACAGUUUGACGCAUCCCUGGGUAAUACAACAUGGUUGUUGUUUUUACCAGUAGCUCCCAUAAAGACAAGUUCAGCAGGUCUCCUUACAUUAGCCUUCAUAACGAUCAUGCUCUGCACUGCCUGUCUGAUCCUACUCAUUCAUUUGCUGGGAUUUCACCUUUACCUGUUUUAUAAAGGCAUGAGCACAUAUGAUUAUGUCAAGAAAAAUCGGCGUAAAGAAACUGGAAAGCAAAAUUCCGAAGCAAAAAAGUCCUGUUCCUCCAAACCUCACAGCAGCACUCAAAAGAGCCAAGAAGGAACAAAUGAUUGUGAGCCAACAUUAUCAAACACUCCAAGCUUCUUCAGAUAUGCCAACAGCAGUCCAAUCUCCAGCACACUGUCAGACUCUAUAUGUACAGAGCUGGAAAACUUUAAAAAGUCUGCAGAAAAAGAGAAUAGUUUCAACUAUGGGACAGAAAAUUCAAUACAAAAGGAAACAAGGGUGAUCUCCAUGAGUGUCAUCACAAGUUUAAAGCUUGAAAAAGAAGAGGACGUUCAGGAAGAUAGAGAGAAGUCCAUUCCUGUAACACAGGACCCUCUAGGGAGCUCAGUUAUGGCUCAGGAUCCUGCUUAACGCUUCCUGAUGGCGGAAAAGAGAUGAACCAAGAUCAGAUGGGCUCUGGGACAAGUUUCUUCUCCGGUUAGAAUUAUUGGCUCUGCGAUAUGCUCUUUAUUUUUUUAAGGCAUUUCAAAUAUCAGCAUGAUUUGAUUACAGAACCUCCUAUAUAAAAGUUUUCUUGUAGACAUUUUAUACCCAUCUGCUUGAAAUUGGAUCCUUUUGUACGACUGCUGCUUGUAUUUUACAUUAAGACAGUAGCUCUAAGGAAAAUGUUUCUGUUAGUAUUUUUGUGUGAAAUUAUUUGUCUUGUAGUAUUUAAGACCCUUUUUUUUUUGUUAUGAAUUAAGUCGAGUGAGUUAAAACUUCAUGUUCACUAGAGGAUAACUAUUCCCCCUUCUUUAGCAGAGGCCCAGACCACCUGAUUUUAGGAAAAUCUACCUCAGCCUUCAAAUUGUUUCUUUCAAAUAACAGCUGCUUAUUGGUUAAAAAUGUUUUUGAA